AUGGCUCAUGGGGGAGAAGAGCAAGUGGAGCCUGCAGAACCACUGCUUGAACUGGUACGUCUGAGAAGUUCUCAGCGUGUCGAUGGUGGCACGUGUAAUGAUGAGGGAGGCGAUGACUGCAAGAGGCCGCAGAUGUGGAGAAGCACAGGGCUGCACUUGCAGAAGGCCCAGCUGCAGCAGCUGUUGGUGGACAUGAAGGCAGGCGUGGAGUUCACGGAGCGCUUGCUGACGAGUGGCUCAGACCUGGCGAUCCUUGUCACCAAAGGGGUGGUGGCAAGCCGGCUGGCAAAGCUGAACAGUGCUGUUUUCAGCACCCACCCCAGUGUGGAUGACAGCAUUCAGUUCUCUCCCCAGGAGAGGGCAGGGCAAUGCCAUGGCUAUGAAGUUUUUGGGGCCGAUAUCCGCAAAGCUGUUGAUCCAGCCAAAUGUAGCCUGCACGGUGAAGAUCUCCGCAGUGCCCGUCAGAAUGAGCUGACAGGCUUUACCCUGCUCUGCAGUGACACCACGGGGGAGCACACGGGGAGAGGAGGAGAGGCCGUGACAGUCACCAUCACCCACAAGGACAAGAAGGACUGGUGGGCGCAACAUCUGGUAGCAUACACUGCAGCAGCUUCUCUGCUUGCUUGUCCUCUGCAGGGCUCUCCAUUUGUUGUGAUGGUGAAAAACAAGUUCCGCAAGCACCAAGGCGUGUUUCACUGCUGCACGUUUUGCUCAAGUGGAGGGCAGAAAGCUGCUCGCUGUGCCUGUGGGGGGACCAUGCCAGGUGGGUACCAAGGCUGUGGCUGUGGACACAAAGGUCACCCUGGCUGUCCCCAUUGGUCAUGCUGUGGACAAGUCAAAAUGAGCUCAGAAUGUCUGAGUAGAUUAUUGCCCAGCGACAGCUCACAGAAGAGUUUGCUCAGGACAGUAGCACUCUGAGCAGCCAGGUGAGCCUCUGUGAGCUCAGGGCCCUCCUGCUGGCUGCUGAAUGAACACAUGCCACGAGGAUCCCCGCAACUGCUGAAGAGCCAUGUUGCCAGA